AAGAGUGAGUGAGUAGAGUGAAGAGAAAAGAAUAUAUUUAUUUUAUUGAGAACUAUUGAGAAUAUGGUAAAGGGUUUUUGUUACAACAUGUUGCUGCAUAGACAUUAUAGAGGAUGAUGAUAAGGAAAGUGCAGUGGUUAGAUCUGAUUUCUGAGAAGAGUGUGUGUCAUGACAUAAAUAAAAUUUUGCUAUCAUUGGUUUGUGCAUACCUGUCACUGUACCACCCUGCUUCAAUGCGUUUCACCAAUUUAGUAAUCUCAGACAAUUCAUGACAAUAGACUAGUGGAAAGUUUGGUUGAAUGUUUGGUUUUAUGUUGGGUUUAGAGUUUGUUUGCCAUGGAGCGACGUUGGCCGUGGAAGAAGAAGUCGUCUGAUAAGGUCGUGAAUGAGAAAUCAGGUGGUUUCGUAGAUUCCGAGGAUGCUUCCAAUCAGGAUAACAACAAGAAAUCGAAUUAUGUUCAAAUCUCUGUGGAAUCGUAUUCGCAUCUGUCUGAUUUGGAGGAUCAAGUGAAGUCGUAUGAGGAAAAAGUGAAGACGUAUGACAAACAAGUUCAGACGUAUGAGGAAAAGGUUCAGACACUGGAAGAUGAGAUCAAGGAAAUGAAUGAAAAGCUUUCGGUAGCAAACACUGAGAUCAAUACUAAGGAAAGCAUGGUAAAACAACAUGCUAAAGUAGCCGAAGAAGCUGUUUCAGGAUGGGAAAAGGCUGAAGCGGAGGCUUUGGCGUUGAAAGAUCAUCUGGAAUCUGUCACUCUUUCGAAACUCACUGUUGAGGACCGUGCGUCACAUUUAGAUGGUGCUCUUAAAGAGUGUAUGCGACAGAUACGUAACCUUAAGGAAGAACAUGAACAGAAAAUACAGGAAGUUGCUCUGUCGAAAACGAAGCAGUUGGACAAGAUUAAGGGAGAGCUAGAGGCUAAUAUAACUAGUUUUGAACAGAAACUCCGGAGGUCUGCUGCGGAAAAUGGAGCGUUGUCGAGGUCCUUGCAGGAGCGGUCUAACAUGCUAAUCCAAAUAAGCGAAGAAAAAGCUCGUGCCGAAGCUGAAGUUGAGCAGCUUAAGAGCAACGUAGAAUCAUGUGAAAGAGAAAUUAAUUCACUUAAAUAUGAACUUCAUGUUUCUUCCAAAGAGCUUGAAAUUCGGAAUGAAGAAAAAAACAUGAGUAUGAGGUCUGCAGAUGCGGCUAACAAGCAGCAUAUGGAGGGUGUAAAGAAAAUUGCUAAGUUGGAAGCUGAGUGCCAAAGACUACGCGGACUAGUUCGGAAAAAGUUACCUGGUCCGGCCGCACUUGCACAAAUGAAGCUAGAAGUUGAAAAUCUUGGUCGAGAUUAUGGAGAAAGUCGAAUUAGGAAAUCACCUGUGAAGCCUGCUACCCCUAAUCCUUCCCCACUACCUGAAUUCUCCCUAGAGAAUGUACAGAAUUUCCAGAAGGAGAAUGAAUUUCUUACCGAGCGUUUAUUUGCGAUGGAAGAAGAAACAAAGAUGCUGAAAGAAGCUUUGGCUAAACGGAACAGCGAAUUGCAGGCCUCAAGGAGUAUGUGUGCUAAAACACUGAGCAAACUUCAAAGUUUGGAAGCACAACUUCCGACAAGUAACCAGCAGAAUGGAUCUCCGAAAUCCAUCAUGCAUGUAACCCAUGAAAGCAUUUAUAGUCAAAAUGCAAGCAUUGCACCAAGCUUGGUUUCCGUGUCUGAAGAUGGGAAUGAUGAUGCAGGAAGUUGUGCCGAGUCUUGGAAUACAACAAUAGCAUCCGGGCCGUCCCCCCAAGUUUCUAAAAAGUGUACCGAGGAAUCAAGCAAAUCCGAAGCCAUUCAAAAGUUGGAACUAAUGGACGACUUUCUGGAGGUGGAGAAGUUAGCUCGUCUGCAAAUUGAUUCCAACAUAGACACCACAGUUUCAUUAUCUUCAAACAAUAAGGCAACUGAUGGUGUGGUCAAUGAUAUAUCACAAGUCAGUACUGGUAAAGUUGGCCUGUCUGAAACAAACGGCGAUUCAAAUUCGUUGCCAAAUCAAGUGUCUUCCAGUGCUUCAAUGUCAGCACCUGAUCCCCAAUCUGAUGUUGUUAGCUUAUUAACAAAUCUUAGAUCAAGAAUAUUACUAGUUUUUGAGUCCGAUACUAAGAAUGCUGAUAUAGGAAAGAUCGUUGAGGAUAUUAAACACGUUCUUGAUGAUUCGCAUGACACUGCCCCUUCUGAAGCCACAUGUGAUCGGCAGAAUAAUCUUGAAGAUGCUGGCUUAAACCUUGAAAAUGAAACAAUUUCAACCCUGCAGCCCAAAGAAUAUGCGCAGAUAACUUCAGAUUUAGAAGCUGCAAUUUCUCAUAUCCAUGACUUUGUAUUGUUACUUGGCAAAGAAGCAAUCCCAUUUCAUGAUGUAUCUUCUAAUGGAAAUGAAAUGAGCAAAAAGAUUGAGGAGUUUUCUGUCACCUUUAGUAAAGUUUUAUGCAGCAAUGCAAGAAUGUCACAGUUUGUUCUUGACCUGUCUUACGUUUUGGCUAAAGCCAGUGAACUCAGAUUUAGUGUCCUUGGCUACAAGGGUACAGAAGCCGAAACUAACAGUCUCGAUUGCAUAGAUAAGAUUGCGUUGCCUGAAAAUAAGUUAGUUCAAGAAAAUUCAUCCGGAGAAAGGUAUCAAAAUGGUUGCUCUCGUGUUCUUAACCCCGAGGUUCCUGAUGAUGGAAAUUUGGUUUCGGGCUAUAAUGCGAAUGUGGCAUCACAAAAACUGUCAUCCGAGGAAUUUGAAGAAUUGAAACUCGAGAAAGAGAAAGUAACAACAGAUCUAUCAAUAUGUGCUGAGAAUCUUGAAGUGACCAAGUCUCAAUUGCUAGAAACUGAGCAACUUCUAGCAGAAGUCAAAUCACAACUAGCUUCUGCUCAAAGAUCAAAUAGCUUAGCUGAGACGCAGCUGAAGUGUAUGACAGAGUCGUACGAAUCACUUGAAACACGUGCCCAGGAGUUCGAAGCUGAACUAAACCGUUUGAAAAGUACGAUAGAAACUCUGGAGAAUGAGCUUCAAGAUGAAAAGAAGGCUCACGAAGCUGCUUUGGCGAAGAGCAAGGAGUUCGAGGAGCAGUUACUAAGGAUCGAGAGCUUAACAGCUGAAAAUGACAACAAGUCUUCAAAGGAGAGAGAUUUGGCAGCCGCGGCCGAAAAGCUAGCGGAGUGUCAAGAAACCAUAUUCCUUCUGGGAAAGCAGUUAAAUGCUAUCCAUCCUCAAAGUCCAAAGUUUGAAGGCUUCAACCCAAUGAAUCAAACUGCUACUACUAGCCCAAAUUCUCAAGAAGUAGUUCAGUUGGAGAUGGACAGUGCCACUUCUUCUUUUGUGCAAAGACCGAGUUCAGAUUCUCCCUUGCAUUUUUCCAAUGGUUUAUUUGUUCCAUCAGAUAAUGAUUCAAACGUACCGGUACCGGUACAGGCCAGAUCCCCGACACCACUUCCGAAAUCAAAACCAAAACACAGACCUUCGAAAUCAGCCUCUUCAACUGGUUCGGUCACUACGCCGGAGAAACAUGGGCGGGGAUUUAGUAGAUUCUUUUCAUCAAAAGGGAAGCCUGGUUAUUGAGAUUGCAGCUUGCAGAUAUAUUAAUAAUAUUAAUGUUUGACAUAAUUGAGUUUUUGGGGAGGAUUGUGUAGGUAAGGAAAGGGAUGCUAUGAGAGUGUAUGGUGAUUCAUGUAUGUAAUGGUUGUAAAGUAACCUUAUGUUUUUUUUUUCCUUUUCCUUUUCAUUGUUUUUUUUCUCACUAUGUUUUGGAAUUGAAUUAGUAAAACUAUAAACAUUGACAUA